AUGGCUGAAAUAUUAAAGUAAGUAAUUACCAAACAUAAUUAACCAUUACUAACUAUUUAAAGACCUAAAAAAUCAAAUCCACGUGGAAUCCCAGAAGCUCCAUUCAUUGAUAAAGUAGAAAAUAUAAUUAAAGACCCAGAAAAUGAAUUUGAAUCAAUAAUGUCAAUGUUUCAACAAAGAUUACAACAAUAUAAAUAUAUGGAAUUAUCUAAAAAACAACAAUUGGCAGAUUUAAAUAUAAAAAUACCAGAUAUUGAGAAAAAUUUAGAUGUUAUAAAUUAUAUUAAAGAAUCUAAAGAUGAAGAUGAAAUAACUAUAAAUUAUGAAUUAAAUGAUACAUUAUAUAAUAAAGCUACAUUAGAUUCUAAAAAUUUAAAUUCUGUUUAUUUAUGGUUAGGUGCUGAAGUAAUGUUGGAGUACUCAUUAGAUGAUGCUAUUGAAUUAUUAAAUGAUAGAUUAAUGAAAAAUGAACAACAAUUAACUAUUAUAAAAGAAGAUUUAGAAUUUUUAAGAGAAAAUAUAACUACAAUGGAAGUUAAUACUGCUAGAUUAUAUAAUUGGGAUGUUGAAAGACGAAAAAGGGAAAGAAAGUAG